CAGUACCGGUCGAAAACGACAAUAAAGUGCAUUUAAAAUGAGAUAAAUAUAUUUAUUCGGGCGUUGAAAAGAGAGAGGAAAAGCAAAGAUAGUGAGUGCAAAAAGUACAAACGGCGCAAACAAACCUAAUCUUAUUGGUCAUUACCUAGUAAAUUUGUUUAGUUUUGUAAUUUUCACUAAAUUAUGUGAUUCGUGUAAUCCCCAAUCGUGCAUUCAAAUUCGGUACUGUUCGAUACCGACUCUUGCAUUUUCUCGCCGUCGCCGACUGUCUCCUCGCCGACUCUUCGUAGGUUUUUGUGUACGCUAUGUUCUUCACAGGAAAGGAUCGACAUCCUGGGUUCCCGACUAAAGGGAUAACUCUUCGUGUACCACGACCGAUCGUAUAAAUCCAAUUGUUACUGGCAUCCAUGCACCUUACCUUGAGCCUUGCGGCUGCACGGUAAGGUUAAUCAAAACGACGUACUUUCGUCCAGUUGCGGCAUCGGUUAAUGUGAACGAAUAAUACGUGAGUUUAUCAAUUGAAACGAAGAUGAACACGCCGCAAUCUAACAAGAAGAACAAGAAGAUAGGGAGGAACAGAAUAGGGGUACCUAACGAAAGCGCGAGUCCUAUGAACGCGGAGACGCUUAGCAGUCAGGAGGCAGCAAAGUUUGUUUUGGUAAAUCCCAUAGGAGAAAAAGAAGAUGGAAACAAAGCAAUUAAGUUAUCAAUCUCAGAUGCAAUUCCUAUAAUUUCCAUGGAUUCAAGUAUGUUUGAUGAGAAAAUGCAAAAAAGUAAUGCAGCGUCAAUUGAAAAGGAAAAGGAAGAUAAGAAUGUGCUUAACUCUUUACCUACUGCCACAAUUAAGGAAAUAGAAGGCUAUGAGAAUCAAUUAGGAGAGGCUGAACCACUUCCGAAUUCUUAUAUUAGGUUUAUGGAGCGCAGUGGUGAAGAACUUGAUGGUGAAGUGGAAUAUGAUUUAGACGAAGAAGACACUGCAUGGCUAUCUAUUGUGAACGAAAGAAGACUAGCUUCUGGAUUGACACCUGCGUUGGAGCCCGAUACAUUUGAACUUUUAAUGGAUAGACUGGAAAAAGAAUCAUAUUUCCAGCAACAAAGUAACGGCGGGGGUGGCGUUGCUGCAGAUGAAGACGCCGUCUGUUGCAUCUGCAUGGAUGGAGAAUGUCAAAAUAGUAAUGCAAUUCUGUUUUGUGAUAUGUGUAAUCUUGCUGUCCAUCAAGAUUGUUAUGGUGUACCGUACAUACCUGAGGGACAAUGGUUAUGUAGAAGGUGUCUACAGAGUCCAUCCAGAGCUGUCGAUUGCGUUCUCUGCCCGAACAGAGGUGGUGCUUUCAAACAGACAGAUCGCCCUUCGACAUGGGCUCAUGUGGUAUGCGCUCUAUGGAUACCAGAAGUAAGAUUUGCUAAUACUGUGUUCUUGGAACCCAUCGACAGUAUAGAGAGUAUACCGCCAGCUCGUUGGAAGCUGACUUGCUGUGUCUGUAAACGCAAGGGAAACGGUGCGUGCAUUCAGUGUCACAAGAGCAACUGUUAUGCUGCUUUUCAUGUGACUUGUGCUCAACAAGCUGGUCUCUGCAUGCGCAUGAGAACGGUGCAGCCUGCUAAUGGUGAACCAAUGUUAGUGCAAAAAACAGCUUAUUGCGAGACACAUACACCUGUUGAUUAUCAACCUUCGACGAAUCCUGUAGAUGCGCGAAGAAGAGCGAUAGCUAAUAAGAAAAGUUCAUCAGCACCUGUUAUUUCCAUUCCUACCAUACCGCCUGAGAGAAUUAGAGAAAUUGCUAGUCUAGCAGAAGGAAUACCAAAAAGAAGUCAAUUGAUACAACGCCUUAUUGCCUAUUGGACAUUGAAGCGGCAAUAUAGAAAUGGUGUUCCACUUCUUAGAAGAUUACAAAGUUCUCAUCCGCAAUCUAGACCACCUCCACUCGUAGAACACCUUUCUUCCCCAACACAUGAUGGCGAAACGCGAGAAGAGAUGAAUCUACAGCUUAAAUAUUGGCAAAGUCUACGUCAAGAUUUGGAACGUGCGCGAUUGUUGUGUGAAUUAGUACGGAAACGUGAAAAAUUAAAAAAGGAACUAUUCAAAGUAAAGGAAAAAUGUCUAUGGCUCAAAUUGCGGCCAUUGGAAAGUGUUUUACGUGCUUUGUUAGAAGCUAUAAAGGCAAAAGAUACAAAUGAUGUAUUUGGGCAACCAGUUAAUAUUAAAGAAGUUCCGGAUUAUCUAGAAAUAGUAUCACAUCCUAUGGAUUUGUCUACUAUGCAGACAAAAUUAGAAAAGCAAGAGUAUGAUUCAAUCGCGAGUUUUGAGGGCGAUUUCAAUUUAAUGGUCAAUAAUUGUCUAGCAUAUAAUCGCAAAGAUACUAUGUUUUAUCGAGCAGGAAUGAAAAUGAAAGAACAAGGAGGAGUUUUAAUAGAACAGAUUCGCAAAGAUUACUCUGAUCUUGAACCAGUCUCUGAAUCUGAACAAGUCGGUACUAAAUCUAGGAAGAGAGAAAGAUCAAAUCGUAAUCGCGUAGAAACGGAAUCGCAGUCUAGUGAGAAGGAGAUUGGCGGAGGUGGUGUAAAUAGAAGAACAGCAGUAUUAUUCACUCGCAAAGCUAGAGCGCGUAAUGCUAAAAGUGGCCAAACAUUUCUUCCAGAGGAUGAUAAAAAGAAGCAAAGUGAUAGUUUUAAAGUAUAUAGGAGUGGGACAAUGGACAGUGACGUGGGUGAGGGAGAAAGCCAAUCGUCAAGUUGUAGUAGUUGUCCCACGAGUAGAUCUACUACUCCUGGGCCAGAAGAAGAAAAGCAACGACAAGAAAUUACUGAUACAAAAAAAGAAAACGAGAAUAAGCAGACAAAUGCAGGUAGCGGCUUAGAAGCUUUACAGCUUGUAUGGGCUAAAUGUCGUGGAUAUCCGUGGUAUCCGGCUCUGAUCAUUGAUCCUAAUACACCUCGGGGCACUAUACAUAAAGGAGUACCGAUUCCAGCACCGCCUGAUGACGUUCUGGCACUUGGAAAUAAUUAUAAAGAUCCAGUUUUUCUUGUGCUUUUUUUUGAUACAAAACGCACAUGGCAAUGGUUGCCAGGUGAAAAAUUAGAAAAACUUGGAGUAUCACAGGAAGUAGACGAAGCAAAAUUAAUCGAAUCACGUAAACCUACGGACAGAAAAGCCGUAAAGAAAGCUUAUCAAGAAGCUUUGCACUACCGCAGACAAACACACAACGCGGUAUUAGAUAAUACAUCUACUGGAUAAAUUGUACAAUAUAUAAAGAAUAGAAUAAGUAAUUUUUAAAUCUUUCUAAAUAAAUCAUGAAUUAUAUAAAGUAUAUAAUUAUAAACAUGUAUUUAUACAAAAUAUAUAGUCUAAGACUUGAAUAAUUGGAACAAGGAUUAAAUAUUGAAAUAAUUUUCUUAGUAAUAUAUACAAAUAAUAAUCAAAAGUUUUAGAAUACCGCUACGGUUCUUCACAAUUCUAAUUGUUUUAUUAUCUUUCAAAAAGUAAAACUGACAUUUAUAAGUUUCAAAAAGUAUUGUAUUUUUAACAUUACAUGUUAUAUACACCACGCGCACAUAAAACAAGAAACACAAUUGUAAUUAAUUUCGAAUUUAUAUUUAUUAUUAAUUUA